CCUCGUAUUGUUUACUGAUGAUGUUUAGACUGGUUAAACUAGAGGCUGAAAUGGCAUUUGUUUUGAUCAUAUUAUUUAAAUGUACGAAUAAAUCAUUUGAUAAUUUUUAAUAUAACUGCUUAUUUUUUCACAGCAUAAUUAUGGUAAUCUAGGGUACAGUAGUUUCUUGUAUGAAUGUUAAUUUAAUUGCCAUUUAAACCUUUGAGAAGGUUUCCCAAUCGUUGUCUCCCUCAUAAAAAUGGUCAAGUCUUGGCAACUUCUGGGCUGUGACCCGCGAUGAACUAAUAAAAGAGAAACAUCAGGAAGGGAACAACUGGAAAGGUUUCUUUUUGCCUGGUUAUUAUUGAGACUAUCAUAAUGGUAUUUUUGAUCUAUUUACAAAAUUCACACAGAGUGAUAUCAGAUACCAAUUUUGGUUAGUCCGAACAAAUAUUCAUUACCCACAAUGCCUGGUCGCACUUCAGAUUCUCGGAAAAGAGUGGAUCAUUUUCAGAGGAGAAAAGUUGGAAGCAUACGUGAUAAUCCAAAAUUGAUGAAAAUCCGUCAACAGUUCGAAAAUGCUUCAAAGGAAGAGGAUCUCCCGAAAGCCAAUACCUUUUGCGAAUUACUGAAUAUUGAUUUGAAAUUAUCUCGAGUGGAAGGAUUUCAGGUACGUCGUCAUUCAGAAGGAGAAGAUUCUUUGCACGUGAAUCGAAAUUCUGUUAAAGCAUCAAAGUUUUUCUCAUCACCAUCAGUCGAUGAAAAGAGCUUGGUUGGUGUGGAAGCUUUGACAAAAACACUAGUUUGCGAAUCAAACUCUGAUAAAUUCUGCAUUUCUAAAGGAUUAGAAAAUGUGUCUCCACCACCCCUUCCCAAGAGGGGGGUAUCUCCCGCAACCCAAAGUUUUCUGCUUGCUCCGACGAGCAGCCCUAAACGACAGAACCUUCUGUCGAAAGAGCCGUCCGGCAAGGAGACUAGCGUUCAAAAGGCGAUCGAACUCUACGAAGGGAUGUCGUCUUCAAGUCCCAAAAAGAAUAAAUCUGCUAAAAAUUACGGGAGUCAUCACAAAAUCGUCAAACGAGAAGAGACUUUUUCGAAGAGAAUUCACAAACGGAGAAGUAGUUUUCGAAGGUCUAAACUCCCUUCGGACUGUCCUCCAGCUCCUGUCAGUCAGAAGGAAGAAACCAGCGACUGCGAGGAGGGAAAUCAAAAUGUUUACCAAACACUCUCCACUUUUCCUGCGUCUCUCGACGAUCCUUACGACAGGCUGAAUAGGAUUCACGACGUUCUGCAUCAGAUUCAUGAGGGGCAAACUUCCGCGUGUGCGGCUUGCAAAGCCAUUCCAUCCAUCAAGUUACGUGACAGUGCAAUUCUGGAAGUUAAGUGCCACGAAGUGUCGCCCCAUCACCACCCGCCCUGCAUUUGUUUCUCUUGCCAGCAUUCUGUGUUCAGUUGUUCUGUGUUGCAGGCAAAGCAAGAAGACGAUCUCUACUAUAAUCUGUGUUGCCUCAACCUGCCCAAUCGCGAAAGUUGGAGACAGUCGAGGCGGAGGCCCGUCUGCGAGCAGAAUGGCCGCCUUUGUGUCGUAAACUGUGAUAUUGAAAAAAGUGCCAAAAUUGAUUCCUCGCAGAAGGAAUACGAAAACUUAUCGAAUUGCCACUCAAUGUCCCCUAGGCAAAAAGAUACAGCCAAACAAAUGAAUGGAGAGUCUUAUGAAAGUGAUGAAGGUUGGGUUGAUGUGACUGAUUCAGAAGAUGAAAAAUCUUCUCCACUAUCAGAGAGGACUAUUCAUCCGCCUCUUGAUGAUCAAAAUUUGUCUCUUGAAAUUGUUGAUAUCAUUGCAGAGUGCUCUGACUUGAAGCUGACUGAUGCGUGCUCUACCGAACACCUUUACGAAAGCAUAAGUGAAAUCGAGUCGCAAGAACCCGUCGCUUCGUCGAAAGACGAUCCUGUUCCCGAGAAUGAACUCGACAGCGGAGAAUGGUCUACAGAGAGUAGUUCUCCCGUUUUUAACGAAUCUUUUGAGAAAAACAAUCGACAGAAUGCUUUCUCGAGGUACACUGUGAGCGGGGAGGAAACCUCUAAGAAAACGUUCAUGAAAUCAGUAUUAGGUAAAAGGACCAAGAAAAGACGGAUGUCCAACUUCUUUGUGCCCUGGCUCGUGUCAAAUAAUGAAUAUUGUGUUACCACAGACGCAAGUAAUUAUAAACCUUCCACCAAACUGUCUUCCAGGAGUAGUAAAAGGAAUCUUUCUUCUAAAGAAACUUGUUGCAAAAAUGUUGAAUCGGACAAGUCAUCCAAAAUGCUGCCAGAGAGCCCAGAGGAUCCUCCAUCCUUCUCCUCCUCGCUGUCAAGGAAUUCUUCAGUGUCUUAUGUGAGAGCAGAUGAACUGGAAAGUGUUGAAUUUCCUAAGCAGAGAAAAACAAGCUUACCUGGCAUUGUUGAUGUGUCUGUUGAAAGAGUGUGUAGGCACUCAGGAAACAGUGAACACACCUACAUACUAUUCACUCCAAUCAAAGAAGAUCAAGUUCCUCUGUACCAAUUUUACGAAAGAAACGUGAAGGAGCGUGUUUCGUUUUGUCGAAGUGGCUCAAAAAAUUUGUCUCCCAUCAUGUGGAUUCCCGAGGCUUCUUCGAGUGAAGCAAAAUCUCCACAACUCUCGGUUGUCGAGCAACUGAGUCCAGAAGCAGCUGACAUCAAAAUGCUUUGGUGUGAACUUCCUGAGGUGAAAGAGAGUGGAAUUUUGGAAAGAAUAUCUGCCCAAGAGUUAAAACUUCAGGAAGGAAUAUUUGAGUUCAUCCAGUCUCAGGCAUCCUACGUGAGGAGCCUGAAAGUCCUCUACGAGAAUUUCAUUCAGGCUCCAGAGUUCUCAUCCGUCCUCAGUAAACACGAACAGGACGUCCUCUUUUCAGACAUCAUUCACCUCAAGGAAGUGAGCGACAGAAUACUGUACGAUGUGACUGCAAGAUGGGGUGACAGUAUUUUGAUACCAGAUAUUUGUGAUAUUAUCUUGCAUCAUGCCCAGUUGCCCUCUUUUUCAAUAUACGUAAAAUAUUGCUCAAACAGAGUGUAUCAGGAACGGACUCUAAAGGAGCUCAAGGAUGCUACGCCUGCGCCAUUUGCGACAAACUGA